CACGACGUACUGCAGGUUGUCAACUGAUUUCUAAACAAACGGAACGCUUCCUUGUUAACGUUAAUGACCUCUUUCGAAGAAAUAUGUUGUUUAAUUGUUUAACAGACUUGUACUAACUUUGCUACAACUGUAACUUUAACGAGAAGAGAGAGAGAAAUACCAGCUGACGUUCUCUGAAAUGAAAUGAAAGGGGAAGUGAAACUUAUCAAGGCAGCUGGUUGGACAUAAACCACAAGGAGCGGAGAAACAACAGAGAGAAAACUUUAACGUUGCUGAACAAGUGAAGUACCCAGCUACAUCUCCUGGCCUCAGCAACAUGACAUCAACAGACAACCUUUACUUCAUCAUAAUAGAAACUCCUAAAUAUCCUGGAAACAUCAAAGCUGGCCGCAUAUGUUACAUCAGUGAAUACAGGUACACGUCAAUGCUCCAAAGAUGUGACUCUCCUUCAAAGUUGCCAGUCUACCCCUUCAACUUACGUACAUCUUUAAAUUAUGAGAUAGACUUGAAUAUCAUGAUGGCACUGAAUGCAGAGGAAGCCGAGUUGCUGCUGGCCCUGUCUGAGGACGCAGAGAGGCUGAAGUGGUUCAGAGAGGGAGCUGCUCUCCAAACAGCACGAGGACUCACUAAGGGAUCUACAGUUAUUGUGCAGGAAGGAGGAGAGGAGUUGAGAGGCAUCAUCCGCUACAUUGGAAGGCUGACUAAGCCAAAAUAUCCAUAUCCUUUAUCAGGAACUUUCUUUGGGAUUGAACUGCAGGGAGCAGACAAGGGGAAGGGGAAUACCGAUGGGUCCUUCCAGCAUGAAACCUUAUUUUCCUGUUCAAAAGAUUGUGGCGUUUUUGCCCCAUUCUCCAGAGUCAGGCCUGUGGUUCCCAGUUCCUUGUCGCCCUCUGUCCCAGAACCCUCCCACCAUCCACAGCCACAAACAGAAGAGCUAAACGUCGGGGACAGAGUCACUUACUUCAUCAGUAAUACAUGUCGCCAUGGAAUGGUGCUAGGUUUGGAGGAAGAGGAUGGAAAACAUUUUGUUUGUAUCUCUACAGAGACAGAUGAGAACGGGAAGAGAGGGGGUGAAGUUAGAGUUCAACUAGAGAGUGUCGCGAAGGGAGAGGUUCCUGCAGAUCCGGAGAGCAUGGACGUUGAAACACUGCCUGUGGAACCAAACACUGAUGAUCUGUACAUGGGUCUGACUGUGAACUCUCUGGUAGAGGUGACUUUGGGUGCAGGAAAUGCAUAUGGAAUCAUCCGCUGGAUCGGCACUCUGACUGAUUCAGGGAUAAUCAUGGCCGGACUAGAGCUGGAAGAAGAGAGGGGAGUGAGUGAUGGCACCUUUAAAGACAAGCGUAUCUUCACGUGUCCUCCCAAGAGAGCUCUGUUUGUGAAGCUGAGCUCCUUGCGUUCUGACUCACGCUUUCAAGCCAGUCACAGUGAGAAGAUGCCAAAACUGGAAGACACAGAGAGAGAAACAGAGCACAGCACAGGGAAGUUGGAGACUGUUCCUCCCAUCACCACUGAGCAGGUUAACCAGAUUCUGAUUGGACGAAUGAAGGGGAUCCAAGGCCACUGCAACUCCUGCUACAUGGAUGCUGCCCUCUUCAGUUUGUUUUCCUGCUCCUCUGUGCUGGACUCGAUGCUGUUUAAAUCAACAGCACCUCAAGAUACCCCAAUUCAGAACACACUGCUCCAUGACAUUGUCAACCCCCUCCGAAGUAAGGGCUUUGUGGAAGGACGGCACAUCAUGAAGCUGCGGCAGCAGCUGCAGAAACAUGGCUACAGUCACUCCUUCACCACGGAGGAGAAAGACCCAGAGGAGUUCCUCAUUGUCAUCAUGCACCAUAUUCUCGCCCUGGACCCUCUACUCAAACUCUCAGCUCAUGGUAAAGUGCAGGAUAGUUACUGCUAUCAGAUCUUCCUGGACCAGAACCACAGUCUGGUGCUGCCUACAGUCCAGCAGCUGCUGGAACAUUCUUUCCACAGUUCAGGACUCAAACUGGCAGAGGUGCCCUCCUGCCUCAUCCUCCAGAUGCCUCGCUUCGGAAAGAAAUUCAAGAUGUUUGACAAAAUCGUCCCCUCUCUGGAGCUGGACGUCACUGACCUCCUCUCUGAAGGUCCUCAGCAGUGCAUCCUAUGUGGACACUUGGCUGAGGAACAGUGCGCUGACUGUUUUAAAGAUCCCCUCUUCAGCCAGACGGGAUUCAAAGUUUUCUGCAAAGAGUGCUCAUCUAAGGUGCAUUGUCAUCCGCAGCGCCGGUCCCACCAGCCAGCUGCUCUGGACGUUCCCAAAGGUUACCUGGAUCACGGCAAAUCUCACACACAGAUGACCAGGGACAAACUGGAGCUGUUCGCUGUUCUGUGCAUCGAGACGAGCCACUACGUGUCCUUCAUCAAAUAUGGACCGAACAGUAAAGACUGGAUCUUCUUCGACAGCAUGGCGGACAGACAAGGAGAAAUUGAUGGCUUCAACAUCCCCGAGGUGCAAAACUGCCCUGAGGUCGGCGUGUAUUUGGAAAUGUCUCCCGCCGAGCUGGCCAAUCAGGUGCCUCGAGAUAUGAAAGGUGUGGCCAAGCGUCUCUUCUGUGAUGCCUACAUGUACUUGUAUCAGAGCACCAGCAUGUGCCUGUAUCGUUGAAAACCCCUCGGCUUACUCAUCGCACAACUUGUUGAUUAGAAAAAAAAUAUUGUUUCCUUGAUUGUUUGUGUAAUUUCCUUUUGCUUGAUUGCUUUACUGUUCUUUUAUGUAUGUGUGAAAAUACACACAUGAACAUUUAAAACUUGUAUAUUUAUGUCAUUUUCUGCUUUGCUCCUGGGAAAGUUUAUCGGGCUUGUAUAAUUUAUAGCAAUAUUGUUUUACUUCUGUAAUGUUUAAUGAGAAAAAGUACAAACUGAAAUUGCUUGCUCAAUAUUUUUGCACUAUAAUCUAAAAUUGACAAUCAUGCAGUGUGUGUGGGCAGAGAUAAUUGACAUGUUACACUGUACUAUUAGGGUUUUCUCUUGGUGUUUUAUAAUUAUGUGUAAAAGUUAUAUUAACAUUUUUAUAGUGAGAGUGAAGAAUUAUUGCAGACAAAAAAAAAGACAGCAUGUUAAGGAUUUCAGUGUGGCUUGUUAUAAAAGCCACAACUGCAGAUAUACAGUGUUGUUAAUUUGCUCAGUAACUUCACCAUUGCACCUUAAUGUUUUCUGACUAAUGAGAGUUUAACAUGGUGGCUGGACCAGUUACUUUAUAUACGUCAGUAAAAUUUGUUUCUGUUCUCUUGAAUGUGGAAUAUUUGAUAUUUGAAUUACACCUCAGGAAACAAUUUAUUGCUUUUUGAUAUGAAAAUGCUGUUUUGCAUCUAUCAGCAUCCUAACUGGUGUUUGAAAUAACAAUGGUAUAUUGCGAUGUUGGGAAAACUGCACUCAAAUGGCUACUUAGGGCUGAACUUGUGGCCUUUUCCAAUUAUGCUGUGUUUAUUGCUACUGUGUCUUAUAUACAGUACAAUGAAUAUAAUGAAUAAACACAAAUGAUAAAACAUA